CACAACAAGAAUCAACAUCCAAGGUAAGAAUUGACAAACUUUACACGGCUUUGAAGUAAAAUCUAACAUACUAAAAGGACUAAGGAUUCAUGACAACUAUGAUGCUGCUCUUGAUGCUGCUGGUGACAUCAUGUACUGCCAUUCCUCAAAAUCUUUCAGAGAAGAUGUUCACCUUCCCACAAGAAACCGACACAGCACACGUUAGGUUGACAACAUCAAGACAAAAUUUACAGGCUGUGACUGUCUGUCUCAGGUUCUUUACAGACCUCAAAAGAAAUCACGCCCUUUUCUCGUUGUCUCUACCCUCUUUUCACAAUGCCUUUUUGUUUUACAAUUUGGCCAGCUUAGAUUCUUUUCAAAUGUGGGUAAGGAACAUAUUCACAAGUUUUGAAGGCCUGGACCUCAAGCUGAACAAGUGGCAAUCAGUUUGCGCAACAUGGGAUUCUACGUCUGGCUUGGCUCAACUGUGGGUGGAUGGAAACCCUUCAAGCAGGAAAUUUACCAGCUCUGGAUCCAGUAUCAAUGGACCAAUUAUAAUUGCUUUAGGACAGGAUCAAGAUUCACACGGUGGUAGAUUUGAUGCCAAACAAUCAUUUAUCGGCAUGAUGUCAGAUCUCCAUAUGUGGGAUUACACACUUUCACCCUGUGAGAUCCGGAAAUAUGCGAAGGACUUUUGUUAUGCAGAAGGAAAUGUGUUGAACUGGAAUUCACUGGAAUUCCAGAUUAUAGGAAGGGUGCUGAUCGAGAAUAAACAGAAUACUUGUCAGUAAAUCCUCCUUUCUAUAAAUUUAUGUAGCACACAAUAAUUGGUCAAUUGUAUGUUAUGAACAAAAAUGACUCUAUUCUUUCUAUUUCAACAUGAUUAAUAUGUUUAAUUCAUUAGACUAAUCAUUUUGUUACAUGUUGUCAAAUUCUUUAAUACUGUUUUUUAAAUUUCACCCCAGAUUCAAUGCUGAAUGUUUUACCAAAAAAUAUGGAUUCAAUUUGUAACUGAAUAGAGUAUGUCAUUAAGAGCUUAUGUAUUUGUUUAUUUUGUUUUAAUAACUACUUUCAAGACAGGUGUUCAAAAAUCUGAUAAGGGUUAGUGCAUGUGGGAAAACAGGGUGUGUUUGAUCAGGGUGAAUUUCUACCAGGAACUAUAAUCAUUAAACUAUCUAUAACUGGGGAAUGGAUUAUGCAACACUGUUCUAAGAUUUCCAUAUUGUCUAAGGUUCUUCCAUGGUAUUUACUCAAUAUAUAUUUUCUUCUGUUG